AUGAGUAGCUGCAAGAUGGUGCGGGUGGCCAGCGUGCUGGGGCUGGUGAUGCUGAGCAUCGCGCUACUCAUUCUCUCCCUCAUCAGCUACGUCUCGCUCAGGAAGGAUAUCUUUGGCGCGCCCCGUGCCGCCGGCCCGAACGGGCCCCGCAUGUACAUGUUCCACGCGGGAUUCAGGUCCCAGUUCGCGAUGAAGUUCCUGGACCCUUCCUUCGUGCCCAUCACGAACUCCCUGACCCACGAGCUACAGGAGAAGCCCGCCAAGUGGGCCUUCAACAGGACAGCCUUCACCCAUCAGAGGCAAGAAAUCCUUCAGCAUGUCGAUAUAAUAAAAAAUUUUUCUUUGACCAAGAAUAGUGUUCAGAUUGGACAGCUAAUGCAUUAUGAUUAUUCCAGCCAUAAGUAUGUUUUCUCUAUCAGUAAUAACUUCCGAUCGCUGCUUCCUGACAUGUCUCCCAUCCUGAACAAGCAUUACAUUUGCGCUGUGGUUGGAAAUAGCGGGAUCCUGGCCAGGAGUCGGUGUGGGCAAGAAAUAGAUAAAUCUGAUUUUGUAUUUCGUUGCAAUUUUGCUCCAACUGAGGCUUUCAAAAAAGAUGUGGGAAGGAAAACCAACCUUACAACCUUCAACCCCAGCAUCCUGGAAAAGUAUUACAACAAUCUUUUGACCAUUCAGGAUUGCAACAACUUCUUUUUAAGUUUAAAAAAGCUUAAUGGGGCCAUUCUUUGGAUCCCUGCUUUUUUCUUCCACACGUCAGCAACAGUAACAAGAACACUGAUUGAUUUCUUUGUUGAGCACAGAGGGCAACUAAAGGUCCAGUUGGCUUGGCUGGGAAAUAUAAUGCAGCAUGUUAACAGGUGA